CUGGCCGCCCCCCCCCCUCCCCGCGGCUUCCUCCGGCGGCGGGAGGUCGGUGAGGGACGGGGCGGCGGCCAGGCCCGGCCUAGGGCGAGCGGAAAGACACCCUCAGGUUUCACAUAAUCGCAGCUCUUAAUAAUAUCACCGUUAUUAAGGGCUUCGAUUAACCCGUAAGGUUUAAAGCAUCGAAAACGCGUUCCCGGCUCGUUCCCGGUCCACAGCAGGCCUAUCCUGAUCGUUCUUCCCUGCAUUACUGUUGAGAAUGCUGCUACAAGCAGUAUCUAAGGAAGGAAACCUAUCCUCAUCAAGCUCUUUAACAAAAUAUGCUGAGCUAAAGAAGAGUCAGACAAGUGACUUGGACGAAGGGACAGAGUGCCUCCUCAGCAAGUCUGCUGAUGAUACCAAGCUGGGAGGAGUGGCUGAUACACCUGAGGGCUGUGCUGCCAUUCAGAGAGACCUGGACAGGCUGGAGAGUUGGGCGGAGAGGAACCUCCUGAGGCUCAACAAGGGCAAGUGUAGAGUCCUGCACCUAGGGAAAAAUAACCCUUGGCACCAGUACAAGCCGGAGGCUGACCUUGUGGAGAGCAGCUCUGCAGAGAAGGACCUGGGAGUGCUGGUGGAUGACAAGUUGACCGUGAGUCAGCAAUGUACCGUUGUGGCCAGGAAAGCCAAUGGUCUCCUGGGGUGCAUUAGGAAGAGAGUUGCCAGCAGGUGGAGGGAGGUGAUCCUGCCCCUCUGCUCAGCCCUGGGGAGGCCUCAUCUCGAGUACUGUGUCCAGUUCUGGGCUCCCCAGGACAAGAGAGACAUGGAGUUACUGGAGAGAGUCCAGUGUAGGGCUACAAAGAUGAUCAGAGGACUGGAGCACCUACCCUAUGAGGAACAGCUGCGAGAGCUGGGCCUGUUUAGCCUGGAGAAGAGAAGACUGAGGGGGGAUCUUAUCAAUGUGUACAAGUACCUGAAGGGAGGGUGUCAAGGGGACAGGGCCAAACUCUUUUCAGUUGUCCCAUGUGACAGAACAAGAGGCAAUGGGCAGAAAUGGAAGCACAGGAAGUUCUGCCUGACCGUGAGGGGGAAUUUCUUCCCUGUGAGAGUGAUGGAGCACUGGCACAGGUUGCCCAGAGAGGCUGUGGAGUCUCCUUUUCUGGAGCUAUUCACGGUCCUCCUGGAUGCAACCGUGUCUAACAUGCUGUAGGUGACCCUCCUUGAGCAAGGAGGUUGGACUAGAUUAUCUCCGGAGGUCCCUUCCAACCUUACUGAUUCUAUGAUUCUAUGGUAAUAUCCUUAUCUCUUAUAGUUGUGUCUUUUCAUGAUCUACAUUGGUAUCUAUGCAAGACCAGAAUAUCCUGUUUUGGUAUUUGAGUAGGUUGCCUUAUUUUCUGCUUUAGGAUGUUCAGAAUGACUUUUAUAGUCCUGGAUAAAAUUGAACAUUUAUUUUCAACUACUGUGCAAACACAUAAAAAGACAGUGGACUUAAAAAUAAAAAAAAAAUCACUGGAAAUAAAAACUUGCAGUUUGCUUUCCUAAUAUUUUUCUUGUCCUGUUUAAGCAACACUGCGUACUGAAAGGCUACGGAGUAAUGGUUCAACUGAACCUAUUUACCUUUAAGCACCAAAAGGUUUUGCUCAAACUCUCUGUUUGUUUACCAGGUAGAAAUCUAUAUGUAAUAUAUUAAAUAACAAAUUGCCUUUAUGAAGGUUUUUCCCACUCAUAUCUGUUACAUGUUUUAACAGCAAAAUCUCUGUGAAAAGAA